GAAUUACUCCGUUACCCUACGCGAUAUUCCAAUUUCCAAGUUUGUAACGGAUAAUGCAGAAAUUGAUAGAGAGUUUGUGAAGAGUGGGGGAGGCCUCCCUUGAAGAGUGAAAAAGUUGAAUCUCAUGGCCACACUCAGCUUUGGCAUCGCUACGACAAGCGUGAGAGCCGCGGGCGCAGGUGGUGGUAGAAGAAGAAGCAACUGGAGAAUUGGUAGAGCCAGGAUUGUGUGUAUUGGAUGGGACCCAGAAGGCGUCCUUGGGCCACCCCAAACCGGGCACCUCGCUAGGAUUGAGUUCAAGAGGCGCCUUGAGAGAGACGCAGAGGCCCGCGAAGCCUUCGAGCGUCAAGUCCGUGAAGAGAAGGAGCGUCGUCAAGCCCUUCGACAAUCCCGUGAUGUUCCCGAUACUCCUCAAGACCUCAUUGAAUACUUCCUUGACACCGAAGCUCAAGAGAUUGAAUUUGAGAUUGCGCGAAUGAGACCGCGAUUGGAUGAGGAAUUCUUUUCACAACUGAAAUUCGAGUUAGGACAGCUUCGAUUUGCUGUUACCAAAACACAGGCCACGGAGGACAGAUUGAUUGAGCUGGAGGCUCUAGAGAAAGCCUUACAAGAAGGAAUAGAAGCCUAUGAUAAGAUGCAAGUUGAACUCGUAAAAGCCAAGGCAAGCCUAACCAAAAUCUUGACAUCCAAGGAUGUGAAAGCCACUUUGCUGGAGAUGGUUGAAAAGAAUGAGAUUAAUAGAUCUUUGUUGGCACUUCUCGAUGAAAACAUAGCUAAUGCACAUAGGGGCAACCAGAAACAGGUUGCAGAAUACAUGGAGAAGCUCCGCGGGGCUGUUCUCAAGUACAUUACAGUUUAGUACUUACAAUUAUAGUAUAGUUUUUCCCCCUACUUUACUAUUAUUGACAUUAGUGAAAAUUUGUGCUGUCGAUAAUUGUAUCAAAUAAACACUAAAAAAAUGAGAUAUUUUGGUUGGCACAUCGCUCCACUGUGAAACGAAAAUGUUAGUAAAACGAAACGAAAAUGCUGUUAUAAAACAUUAUGUAUACACGUGUAACAGUAUACUAUUUGCCAAUUAGAUUGCCACCAUGACAUUUCCUUCUGCUCCG